AGCGGAAAAAACCGAAAGCCCCAAAAAAAUAAAACAACCAAGUGAAGUGAAGUGAAAUGAACUGCGAGAAAUUGUGUAAUAAGCAAAUGAAAUGGAUGUGGGGAGGAGAUAAUAUUGCCAUUUUUAACGACCGUUCAGUUGUGACCGGGAACAAAAUCGAUUUAACAUGAUAAAAUGGAAAGCAGUAAAAAAAGUUCUUCGAAAAUAAUUUAAUCUUGUAUCUGGUAAUCUUAAUGAAUACAUCAAUUGAUGUGAUAAUUAAGUCGGGUUCAAGGCUGGCUGUUUAUGUUGACUCCCUAACGAGGCAUCAUUUCCAUACAUCAUCAUGGCCCUUUCGUAACAUCGACCAUCGCCAGUCAACAUUUCAUUGACCUUCAAUGGCGAAUGCAAAUGGAACGAAAACAAAAGCAAACAAACACGACACAGUGACCACCACUUGUGUCCGCUUUCGAAAUCCCAUUUGGAGACCGUUGACUGCGCAAAAUAUUCGCCAUGAAUCAUUAAUAGAUUCGAUUAUCCAUAAAUCAUCCCAUCCCAUGUUUUUUUGGUCACCAUAAAUUUGAGGACAUUUAUUGUCUGCUUUUGGGCGCACAACUCGUAUUUGCUAUAAACUUUCUACUUUCCCGCCAUACACUACUUUCAGUUGCAUACUGGACGGCGAUUAAAAAACUUUUGCUAUAUAUUUUGGCCAGUUCUUGCUGAGUGGACAUUGAACUUCCAUGAAGUUGCCACGAAUUUGUUCCAAACCACAAGCGGAUUGCCAAACAAUCGGCGAGCUGAUGAGUCCGAAUCAGGGUUUGGCCCAAAUUGGAGCGAAUUGAAAGUAAAAGCCACUGGGCGAAAGACUCCCUCGAGCAUAACGAACUAUUCCGUUUCGGGAGGCGGUUGGAUAUAAGAAACAAUUUUCAAACUAUGGGGGCAACCCGGAAUUUCCUUAUAAGAUAUGAAACAGCUUUAAUAUUUGCCUUAAAUUUUUACAAAUGGUAUAUAUAUAGCAAAUGCUUUUGGUUCAUAUAUAGCUUUAUUUUUGUGGCAUAAAUAGGCCCUGUCGAGCCCACUGUUCAUUUAUCAAAUACGCCCUAUUGCAUUUCUUUUUUUUAAAGCACAUUAGGCCCGCUGUUUAUGCUUUUAAGCUCCGGCACGAGAUUCAAUUACGUGCCUUUUUGCCGCCUCAUUGCUGCCAAAGGGUUAAGCAAACCGGUCCGCCUGCAUUUCACUUUGGUCACGAAUCCAGCUUCUUGGUGGCUUUUAUCUGGCGUUUUCGGCUGCAGAAAGCUCGCCCCGAGAAAUUUGAGCAAACUUGGGCUAACAGUAAACACCAAACUGUUAAGAGCGCUACGUGCGGCUUUUAGUUGGCCUGAAAGCGAGAGUUAUUACGUGUGAGCGGCUAAUUGCGAAGCCCGGCAAUCGAUGCCACUUGAAGAGAAGUGUGUCAGUUGCGAGCGCAGAGUCGAUCCGUUAGGCCAAUGAGCAGAUAAUGGCCCGAUCGUAAAAGUUGCCAAAAAAGUUGUCAACAGACGUAUAAAAAUAUAUAUUUUUUACACUGCACGAGCCAUGGCAAUGAGAGCGCUCGUCUUGCUGGCCGUCUUCACUUUGGUGGUCGGCGAAGGUCUCCGUCUGCCCGACCAGCAGUCGUCCAACAACGUCCAGCAGGUUUAUGCGCCGCAGAUCCAGCAGAUUCCCCCACCGCAACAGCAGCAACAACAACAGCAGCAGCCAGGAGUGGGCGAGGAGCGCGGCAGGUCCUCCAUUCUAAGCAUCUUUGGUCUGGGCAACGACAACGACCCUUACCUGUCAAAGACAAACGGCAACUGCCUGGGUGGCGAUCUUUCCGAGUGCUUUAAGACCCAGGCCCUCAACACCUUCGAUGAGAUCUUCUACAGGGACUCGUACAAGCUCUCUGACUUUGCCCGAGUGGUUCGCCUGCCGGAAACACAGCAGCGGUCCCUGCUUCAGGAACCUUUCGAGUACUCCGAGGAGCCACGUGGCGAAGACGACGACUGGAAUCAGCUGGUGAAAUAUGCCUUGCGCCGGGCCGAACGCUUCAUCAAGUCCACGGCUCUGGAGGUUGAGUGGCCCGAGGAGCUUACUGAAGCCGGUCGUUACGAGGCCCGAUUCAUUGGAAAUGACAUCGAUGAUGAAUUGGACGGUUUUGAUAAUAGCCAACGUGCUGGACAUUUCUCCCGUAAGAAGCUGAAGAAAAUGAUCAUUCCUCUACUGCUGGUGCUGAAGAUUUUCAAGCUGAAGCUGCUGCUCUUCUUGCCCUUCAUCCUGGGAAUUGCUGGUCUGAAGAAGAUCCUUGGCCUGGCUGCCAUUAUCCUGCCUGGACUGUUUGCCUACUUUAAGCUCUGCCGCCCGCCUGGUGGUGUUGGAGGAGCCUUCGGCGGCGGAUUGUCCGGUCUCUUCGGCAGCAAGAACACCUUCCCCGAGUACAAUCCCCAGGGCGUGGGUGCUGCUACUUACUACCACCACCACGAGCAUUUCGAGGGCGGCCAUGGCGGCCCAGGACCUUUCUACCGCCAGGAGCCUAGCUUCGCCAAGCCCUACACCGACUACUACAGCAAGAGCUACCAGGGCCAGCAGGUGCAGCAGCAGCAGGUCGCCGGCAACUCGGUGAGCUUCGGAGAUCCCCAGGAGGCUGCCUACAACGGCUACUACGGACGCAAUUCCGGCAAGGACAUUGCUGCCGAGCCCCAGAAGACGAAGUAAACAUAAGGCCUUUGUCCAUAACUAUUUUGUUAUUUAUUUGGCCCUCGGCCUUUUUGCAUUCCUAUAAGAAUAUUUAUUUCUUUAAUUGUAAAUAAAACAAUCUCAAAUUGAAAGUC